GAUCUGCAGACAGGUAUAGCUGCCGUGCGAAGGUGAGCAAGUUCUCUGCUCUGCACCCGCACUUCUGGACAACUCUGAAACUUUUGGACGGGUGCAUCCACCGGGUGAGGUGUUGGAAUCUGGAAGCGGACUACCCCGCAGUAUAUACCCCACCAAGUCCCUGAAACCCCGCUUCAUUGCUGCUGAAGGGACCUGGAUCUCAAGGUGUCUCCCACAUUCCCAAGACUUGGGCACUGGAAUACAAUUUGGAGCCUGAAGAUCAUUCGCAACGUUCCCUCUUCCUGCUUUGGUCGUAUUUUUGUUCAGGAAGCGAUAUGUUGGGAUCUGUGAAAAUGGAAUCACACGAAAUUCCCGAGUGGACCAGUUUAUAUUCAGACCCCGGUGAGAUCUACCCUGCGGUAAGCAACAUGAACCCCAGCCUGGGGUCAAUGAACAGCUACAUGAGCGUGAACUCCAUGGGCUCCGUUGGAAACCUGUCGCCCGCUUCGCUCAACGUGUCCUACACCAACCUGAGCCCCCCGCUCUCUGUGCUACCCUCCACCGUCAGCCCCAUCACCAACGGCCUCUCGUCCGUGCAGAGCUCCAUCAGCCCGGGCAUUGGACCUCCCGGAGGUCAGACUGCCCCCAUCAACUCCAUGUCCCCUUACCAGACAGUGAACCAGCCUCUGGGCUCACUGGCUUACUCACCGGGGCUGGGCAGAGGGAAGGAAGUCAAAUCCUACCGCAGGAACUUCAGUCACGCCAAGCCUCCGUAUUCCUACAUCUCCCUGAUCACCAUGGCGAUCCAACAAGCCCCCAGCAAGAUGCUGACCCUCAACGAGAUCUACCAGUGGAUCAUGGACCUUUUCCCGUACUACAGGGAUAACCAGCAGCGCUGGCAAAACUCCAUUCGCCACUCGCUCUCCUUCAAUGACUGCUUUGUCAAAGUGCCCCGCUCUCCAGAUAAACCGGGCAAAGGCUCCUACUGGGCUCUGCACCCAGAUUCGGGCAACAUGUUCGAGAACGGCUGCUACCUGCGCCGCCAGAAGCGCUUCAAGUGUCAGAAGGAGAAGCUGGCCUCGCGCUCUGGCCUGGAGCAGGCUUCCAAGGGGCUGGAGGCCGGACAGGGCGGCAAGUCCCCCAGCCCCAGCUCGGAGUCCAGCCAGUCAGACACCUCGCCAGGAUCGGAAGAGCAGACGACUCUGACCGAGCUGCGGUGCCAGAGGGUAGAGGGCUCCAACCCGGCGGCUGCCGCUUCGCCUGCCCCACUGCCACAGGCAAUGACCCACCCCCUGCUGACGCCCCCCAUGCAGCACCUGCCUGACCUGCAGAGUGAGCUAAAGAUGGACCCUCACUACAGCUUCAACCACCCCUUCUCAAUCACCAACCUGAUGUCCUCUGAGCAGUCACACAAGAUUGACCUGAAGCUCUACGAGCAGCCUCUUCACUACGGCAACACGUACAACUCGCUGCUGAGCAAGGCCGGCUUUGAAACUCCCAGCCCAAUUAAUGAUUCCUGUCCAUACUAUCAGGUGAUGUACAACAGGUCCGUACUGAACACAUCGUAACAGCAGCUUCCCCGUGCCGCAGAGCCAGUGACUGGAGGUGCUAUCCUCUCCCUGUACUGACCCUCCAGAACUUCUUAUCCCUCUUUAUGUCCUCCAGGGACUCUUCCCCUACCAACCCACCAUUCUCAUCCGACUAUAUCAAAAACUCAUGAGGAUUGGAGGAGGAGUAGGCACUUGGCCUCUCAAGCCUGCCCCAUCAUUCAAGGGUGCCGCGGUAGUGUAACGGUUAGAGUGACGUUAUUACGGCUAGGGGUGUUACUGGGUUCGGAGUUCAAAUCUGGCACCACCUCUAAGAAGUUUGUAUGUUCUCCCCAUGAUCUGUGUGGGUUUCCUCCGGGUGCUCUGGUUGCCUCCCAAGGACCAAAGACGUACCGGUUAGUAGGUUAAUUGGUCAUUGUAAAUUGUCCUGUGAUUAUGGGAGCUGGGUGGCAUGGCUUGUUGAGCCAGAAGGGCCUGUUCCCUGAUGUAUCUCUCGAUACGUACAAAAUGACAUCUCCUCUCCUGUUUUCUGGUUCCCCAUCACCCUCAAUGUUUAUCUAUCUCCACCUUAAACCUAUCUAAUGAUCUGCCUCCGUCACGGACAGAAAGUGCCAGAGAUUCACCGGCGGCAGGGAGAAAAUGGUUCCACACACCUCAGUCUUAAAUAUCCAGCCCUUGUGUCCUCAUUCCCUUUUCUGUGAUUCUCCCAGCCGUAGAAACAUCCCAACAUCUAACCUGUCCAGCCCCCUUAAAAUCUUAUCUGUUUGAAUAAGGUUAUCCUCUUUCUUAUUUCUUUAAGCAGGGAAUAGGCCACACUGCCCAGCUGAUUUAACCCUAGCCUAAUCACAGCACAAUUAACCUAGUGAUCAGCAUGUCUUUGGAUUGAGGGAAGAAACCGUGCAUUCCACAGAGAGGAUAGACAACAUCAGAAUUGAACUCCAAGCUCCUAGACCCCAAGCUAUAAUAGCAUUGCGCUAACUGCUACACCAUCAUGGUGUGGCGCCCAAUGUACACACCUAUAAUGUUGGCUGGCUUGCAGCUGCAAAGUUCCUGGUCUUGUCGUUCUAACAAGAGAAGUAAGUUGGGAAUAGAUUGGGAGGUGCCAUGGGAUGAGAUCUGCCCCUCUUGCUGCUCAAACACGGACUUGGAAAUAAGGGUGGGAGUUGACCAUACCAGCCCUCGAGCCUGCUCACUAAGAUUGAAGCUCAUCUGAGGCCCACUUCCAUAUCAGUUCCCCCAGAACCCUCUCAGAUUUCUCAGCCUUACCACGGUGGUGUAGCAGUUAGCACUACACUAUUACAGCUUGAGUUCAGAGUGCAAUGCCAGCAUCAUUUGUAAGGGGCCUGUGGAAUGUGUGGGUAUUCUCUGGGUGCUCCGGUUUCCAAAGACACACCGGUUAAUUCGUUGUUGUUACUUGGAGGUGCAGCUCAAAGGGCCUGAUGGGACACUCUAUGCUGUAUACCUAAAUAAAUAAAUUCAUGAGGGGUAAACAUGAUCUCAAUGGGCCGAAGGGUCGGUUUUUCUGCUGCAUGACCUGUGACCCCUCAAAAUCCAUGGUUCUCUGGAAUGGAAAACUCUAGAAGUUCUUAACCAUUCUGAUGCCAAACCAAAAUGCAAAAUCCUUUAUUCUGAAGUGAUGCCCCAUUGGCAAUGGAUUGGGAAUAUUGAUCAGACUGGGUUCAUCAAACAAUCUCUGUGCAUUGGGGGGGGUGGCUUUGCUUGGAGUGGGUCGAUUACAAGGAAGUGAAUUGGUGGUGAGAGGUCAGAAAUGUGCUUUCCUCACAGCUGAAGCAUAAGAUCCUAAGGCCAUAAAACAUAGGAGCAGAAUUAGGCCAUUCAGCCCAUUGAGUCUGUUCCUCCAUUCCAUCAUAGCUGAUUUAUUGUCACUCUCAAUCCCAUCCUCCUGCCUUUUCCCUGUAACCAUUGACACCCUGAUUAAUCAAGAACCUGUCAACUUCUGCUUUAAAUAUAGGCAAUGACUUGGCCUCCCUAGCCAUCCAUGGCAAUGAAUUCCACAGAUUCACUAUGCUCUGGUUAAAGAAAUUCCUCCUCAUCCCCGUUCUAACUGGACGUCCCUCCAUUCUGAGGCUGUGUCCUCUAGUCUUAGACUGCCUGACUACAGGAAGCAUUCUCUCCACAUCCAUUCUAUCCAGACCUUUCAAUAUUUGAUAGAUUUCAAUGAGAUCCCUCCUCAUUCUUCUAAACUCUAGCGUGUAUAGGCCCAGAGCCAUCAAGCUCUUCUCAUGUGUUAACCCUUUCACUCUGGGAUCAUUCUCCAAUCCAUCCAAAGGUUUAUGGAAUCGGCAAUCUUUUCCCAGCAGUAGUUUGGGAGAGGGCUUACCCGGAAGGCCCAUGAGGGGUUUCUUGCCAAUGAAUCACAGGAUCUAUUGAUAUCUGAAUCUCAGAUACAUUUUACUGGUCCGUUUCCCCUGUUGAACUUGGAUCAGGAGGUGAAAGUCACCCUGUGACACACCUGAGUUACUAAUAAUCUGUAUGUGUCUCCCUUCGGGUUCUGUACUAGUCCUCAUUCUUAAAUAUAACACAAUAACUCAUCAAAUAAAAUAGCAAAAAAAGUCCCUGAGUCUCUGGAACUGCACCCCAGCUCCAAGCAGCUCUCCGGAACCAGUAAACCCCAGAAAUAUAUCCCAGCAGCAUUCUUGGAAGUGUGUCCUAGUAACACUUAAUAUCCCUGGAAUUGUAUCCCAAGCAUCAGUCAACACCUCUGGGGCCAUAUCGUGGCAAUAACCAACCUUCCUGGAAAAGUGUCUCAUUUACGUUUUGCGACCGUACCUCAGUAACUGGCUGCCUCUCUGGAAUUGUAUCCCAGAAAUCGUCAAAUGACUUCUCAGCCACUGGAAGGUACCUCUGGAAAUGUACUCAAGGAACAGUCAACAACGAUGGAACUAUAUCCUAAUAAUAGGAAGUAGCAUUGGAACUAUAUAUCCUGGCAAUAGUCAGGACCCCAGGAGCUAUAUCCUGGUAACAAGCAACACCUCAGAAACCGUAUACUGGCAACAGUCGGCAUCUCAGUAACCGUAUCCCGGCAACAGUCGGCAUCUCCGUAACUGUAUCCCGGCAACAGUCGGCAUCUCAGUAACCGUAUGCCGGCAACAGUCAGCAUCUCAGUAACUGUAUCUCGGCAACAGUCAGCAUCUCAGUCACUAUAUCCCGGCAAUGGUCGGCAUCAUAGUUACUGCAUCUGAGCAAUAGUCAGCAUCUCAGUAACUGUAUCCUGGUAACAGGCAGCACCUCAGGAACUGGCAUUUUUGGAACUGCGAUCUAGCAAUAGUCAUGACCUCAGGAACUGUAUCCCAGCAUCUGUCAGUAUCUCUAAAACUGUUUCCAGGCAACAUCUCAAGAACUGUAUUCUGGCAACAGUCAGCAAAGUCAGGAGUGAACGUCAGGAUUGGCAGAAAGGGACCCUGGGAGGAGAUUGGAAAAGGAAUAAUGGGUGGAUGGGGGCAAGCCAAUCAUAUAAAGUUUCCAAUUAAUUUAAGCUGUAAGAGAACUAGAAGUUGCAGGGUCACCAUCAUCUCUGCAGUUUGAAUGUAGAAUAGACAGGAUUUUGUAUCUUUUAGCAAUUGGUUUGUGAAGUGAAUGUAGAUAUUGUUCUUUGGCCAAAAUGUAUAAAACAGAUUGAAUUUAAUUUUAUUAAGCUUAUUGUAAAUCUUUACAUAAUGGAUCUGGUCCUUGAGAUUAGUUGCUAUAUUUAAAAUGACUGUGUUAGCAAUGUUUUUCUUUCCUUGUAUCUUUAAUGCAUUGUAGAGUAGUUGGUUAAACUCUUUAUUUAAAUACUCAUUGAGAAAGGGGGAGGGAAGCCACAAUGGAAAUCCACGCUUUCUCAGAACAGCCUCCCGACACCACUCACAUUUCAGUGAGGACAAUGAUACAUGAGCAAAUUUGAUCAGGCUGGGCACUGUGGCCAUUUUAACUGAGAGUAGAGCCCCAGGGACUGUAUUCAGUCCUAGAGCCACAGGGGCAGUAAUCAGCCCUAACACCAAAGGGACUGUAACCAGUCCUAGAGCAAUAGGGACUGUAAUCAGCCCUAACACCAAAGGGACUGUAACCAGUCCUAGAGCAAUAGGGACUGUAAUCAGCCCUAACACCAAAAGGACCGUAACCAGUCCUAGAGCAAUAGGGACUGUAACAGUCCUGGAACCACAUGGUACUGUAACCAGUCGGAGAACCACAGGGUCCUAACAACACAGGUACUGUAUCACGCCUAGUACCUAAGGGAAGUUUUAUAGUUGUUGUACUGUGACCAGGCUUCGGACUACAGGAACUGUAACCAGGUCUGGUAAUGGAGAUGCAGAUACUGUAACUGGAUCCAGUGUACCAGGCACCACCAACAAGCUAGUUACAGACCUGGUCCUCAGGCCAGUACUGGUGUAGUACCAACACCGUAUCCCAGUGGCCUUUGUUAUGAAUUGAUGAAUUCAUAACAAUUUGAUGAAUUGCCCCCACAGAGAGCCACAGCCAUUCCAAGCCCUGAGCCCUGCUGCGCUCUACAACCAAGCUUUAUCUGCCCAGUGGGUUUUGUGUCCUUCCUAUAUGAAGAAACUGAGGAUGAAGAACAGUAGUGGAGGGCCCAGUCUCUGCCAGAUCAUGUGACAUUUCCGAUUCCAUGUUAACUUUAUGGUGACAACUAUAUUAAAAAAAAAAUAUUUUCUGUACCGCAGUCUCAUUCACUUGUUUUUACUUUGCAAAAUUUCACUCAUUGUCACGAGCUGAUACCCACAAUACCCACAAGUAUUAUACAGGG